AUGCAAGCUCUGUGUAACCUGUCUGGAAGGAAGGAACGGCUGAGUCUGCAGGAGGAGGAGGAGGAGGAGGAAGCAACCCUCAAACACAACCAGCCUCCACCUCCCACAGCAACCCCCAAACACAACCAGCCUCCACCUCCCACAGCAACCCCCAAACACAACCAGCCUCCACCUCCCACAUCCAACCCCAAACACAACCAGCCUCCACCUCCCACAGCAACCCCCAAACACAACCAGCCUCCUGCUCCCGACAUCCAACCUCAAACACAACCAGCCUCCACCUCCCACAGCAACCCCCAAACACAACCAGCCUCCACCUCCCACAGCAACCCCCAAACACAACCAGCCUCCACCUCCCACACCUACAUCGCCCACAAAAAGCCCUUCCAAACACAACCAGCCUCCACCUCCAACCUCAAACACAAUCAGCCUCCACCUCCCACAUCAACCCCCAAACACAACCAGCCUCCACCUCCCACAUCAACCCCCAAACACAACCAGCCUCCACCUCCCACAUCAACCCCCAAACACAACCAGCCUCCACCUCCCACAUCAACCCCCAAACACAACCAGCCUCCACCUCCCACAUCAACCCCCAAACACAACCAGCCUCCACCUCCCACAUCCAAACCCAACCAGACCCCACCAAUCCCACCCAAACAUAACAACCUCUACCUCCCACAUCACCCCCAAACACAACCAGCCUCCACAUCCAACCCCAAACACAACCAGCCUCCACCUCUCACAUCCAACCCCCAAACACAACCAGCCUCCACCUCCCCAAACACAACCAGCCUCCACCUCCCUCAUCAACCCCCAAACACAACCAGCCUCCACCUCCCACAUCAACCCCAACCAGCCUCCACCUCCCACAUCAACCCCCAAACACAACCAGCCUCCACCUCCCACAUCCAAACCCAACCAGACCCCACCAAUCCCCCCAAACACAAUACGCCCCCUAACCCAACCAGACCCCACCAAUCCCACCCAAACAUAACAAACACAUCUAAACCCCUGAAAACACAACCAAACCAGCCUACAUCUCCCACCUCUCAAAUACCCACCAGUCACCCCAAAACACAACCAGCCUCUACCUCCCACAUCAACCCCCUAACACAACCAGCCUCCACCUCCCACAUCCAUCCCCAACCAGCCUCCACCUCCCACAUCCAACCCCAAACACAACCAGCCUCCACCUCCCACAGCAACCCCCAAACACAACCAGCCUCCUGCUCCCCACAUCCAACCUCAAACACAACCAGCCUCCACCUCCCACAUCCAACCCCCAAACACAACCAGCCUCCACCUCCCACAUCAACCCCAAACACAACCAGCCUCCACCUCCCACAUCAACCCCCAAACACAACCAGCCUCCACCUCCCUCAUCAACCCCCAAACACAACCAGCCUCCACCUCCCACAUCAACCCCAAACACAUCCAACCCCAACCAGCCUCCACCUCCCACAUCAACCCCCAAACACAACUAGCUUCCACCUCCCACAUCCAACCCCCAAACACAACCAGCCUCCACCUCCAUUAACCCCCAAACACAACCAGCCUCCACCUCCCACAUCCAACCCCAAACACAACAAGCCUCCACCUCCCACAUCCAACCCCAAGCACAACCAGCCUCCACCUCCCACAUCCAACCCCAAACACAACCAGCCUCCACCUACUACAUCAACCCCCAAACACAACCAGCCUCCACCUCCCACAUCAACCCCCAAACACAACCAGACCCCACCAAUCCCACCCAAACAUAACAAUCACCCCCAAACACAACCAGCCUCUACCUCCCAUAUCAACCCCCAAACACAACCAGCCUCCAACUCCCACAUCAACCCCCAAACACAACCAGCCUCCACCUCCCACAUCAACCCCCAAACACAACCAGCCUCCACCUCCCACAUCAACCCCCAAACACAACCAGCUUCCACCUCCCACAUCAACCCCCAAACACAACCAGCUUCCACCUCCCACAUCCAACCCCCAAACACAACCAGCCUCCACCUCCAUCAACCCCCAAACACAACCAGCCUCCACCUCCCACAUCCAACCCCCAACACAACCAGCCUCCACCUCCCACAUCAACCCCAAACACAACCAGCUUCUACCUCCCUCAUCAACCACCAAACACAACCAGCCUCCACCUCCAACCCCAAACACAACCAGCCUCCACCUCCAACCCCAAACACAACCAGCCUCCACCUCCCACAUCCAACCCCAAACGCAACCAGCCUCCACCUCCCACAGCAACCCCCAAACACAACCAGCCUCCUGCUCCCCACAUCCAACCUCAAACACAACCAGCCUCCACCUCCCACAGCAACCCCCAAACACAACCAGCCUCCACCUCCCACAGCAACCCCCAAACACAACCAGCCUCCACCUCCCACAGCAACCCCCAAACACAACCAGCCUCCACCUCCCACAUCCAACCCCAAACACAACCAGCCUCCACCUCCCACAUCAACCCCCAAACACAACCAGCUUCCACCUCCCACAUCAACCCCCAAACACAACCAGCUUCCACCUCCCACAUCAACCCCCAAACACAACCAGCCUCCACCUCCCACAUCAACCCCCAAACACAACCAGCCUCCACUGGGUUUCACAUUAAAUGUCUGCUAA